UCCAACGAAAAAGGGGACAUGUCCAAGGUAAAGGUUGUCGCCAUGUAACUUCCCGAAUCCUGCGUGAACUAAAACCAGAAAUUGACGCAUAAUCGACGCGAAUUGUGAACCGAAGGAGAAAGAAGAAGGAGAGGAAGACGAUCGAUUGGCUGCCAAGAUGGAGAAGAAGCAGAAGGACCAUGGUGGUGUUCUCAUCACCAUCUACGUUGCACCAACAAAAAUGAACAAGCCAAGACAAACGAAUGGCCGGCAUCGCAAACCGAAAUGGAGAAAGCCGACGUCGGCCGUCGGAUACAAUCGAAGGGCCGAGCUGCUUGCCUACACGCAGCGGCUGAGGAGAAGCGGGCAGAUGGCAAGAACAAGAAGCAAAUCGCUCAAUGCAACGAAAAGGCUGAGGAGGGAAAAAAGGAAUGCACCCAAUAUGGGAGAGAGGAGGAAAUGGGGAACGAAGAUCAGGGGUUUGUUUUGCCUUCCUAGAAGAUCAAGGAGAUAUCAGCAGAUGGCAGACCCUGAAAAAGUAGGGAUCUUUGCAAACCUUAAUCUCUAUUUGAGACCACUGAGGUGCCUUAUCAAACAGAUACGAGCAACCUGCACUUGCAAAGGAACGUAAGAGACUCAAUGGAUUUUUUCUAAGUGAAACGCCUCACAGCUUCCUGGGUGAAGCCAGAGAUCUGUAAACUAGAUGCAAAUGGAGGACAUGUAAGUAGACGUACUUGCACCGGCGGCAAAGGCAUCGAUCGGAAAGUGGAAACGGCCUGCAAGUAGUAGUGGAAGCUACAAUAAAAUAGUGGCCGUUCUAUUUCUACGGGGUUUCUUAGGAAUGGAGUCGAAGGAGGGCCAGUUCGACCUAGACUCAGGUGCAUUGGUAGCCAUUUUAACCUGUGUGGCUCCACCAUUGCAUGGGAUGUUUGUUCAAAUUAAUUAGUGGACGAGAAUUAUUCCAAACCUUCAAUUCAUGUAUUUUCAUUACUUUUUCUUUCAUCUGUAAGUACUGCAGACAAUAUUUUUUAUUUUCUGUAAUCGGGGGGGGAAUUUCUCGACAGUUAGAUU